CGUACGUCUGUCUUGGAUGGCAAAACAAUUUAUGUGGAUGAAUCCUUCUGAUUAAACGGGAUUUGUGGCAAUUUUUGAAACGCCAAUAAGUUAUUUAUUGACAUUUCAGCACUCGAAGACCUUGAAUCCAUCAAUGGAAAUGACAGAAACAUAUGAUUUCCUUUUUAAAUUCUUGGUGAUUGGAAGUGCGGGAUCAGGGAAGUCCUGUCUUCUCCAUCAAUUUAUAGAAAACAAGUUCAAGCAGGACUCCAGCCACACCAUCGGGGUGGAGUUUGGCUCCCGGGUGGUAAUGGUCGCUGGCAAGACGGUCAAGUUGCAGAUCUGGGACACAGCUGGACAGGAGCGAUUCCGAUCAGUGACUCGCAGUUAUUACAGAGGGGCAGCAGGGGCUCUCCUGGUUUAUGACAUCACCAGUCGGGAAACUUACAAUUCCCUGACCAACUGGUUGACAGACGCUCGGACACUGGCCAGUCCAAACAUCGUCAUUAUCCUCUGUGGGAACAAGAAGGACCUAGAAGCUGACAGAGAGGUCACUUUCCUUGAGGCAUCCCGUUUUGCCCAGGAGAAUGAAGUGAUGUUCCUGGAGACGAGCGCCCUCACCGGAGAAAACGUGGAGGAGGCCUUCCUCAAAUGUGGUCGCACCAUCAUCAACAAGAUAGAGUCGGGUGAGUUAGACCCAGAGCGGAUGGGCUCAGGGAUCCAGUAUGGUGACACGACGGUGAGGCAGCUUCGCCAGUCGCCACAGGCUGGCUCAGAACAGGGCAGAGAUCAGUGCAACUGUUAAAGGCUAAUGCUAACCCAGCUCUAAGACACACAAAUCCCAUGUCUCCAGGCUUUUAGAGGACUGCCCUGUGACUUUUGACACCUGCUCCUGGAAAAUUGCUGGAGAGACCCUGUGUGGAACUUAAGGCUGGGUUAGCGUCUUGAUCAGGAACUGUGAUGUGAGUAUCUGCAUCCAGUCAUUGAGCUACUCUUCUCCAGGCCUGUCUCUCUCUGACUACUGCUCCGCAUCGCCAGGGACUACAAGUGACAUCAGCAGAGAGACCUGACCAAUCAGAGCCAGGGCCAUGGACACACAUCAGGAUGUUUGUUUUCAAUGUCUUUAUUCAGAAGCAACAGCCACAGCAGCUCAUACACCUCUCACUGUUCACUCUAUUGAUAUAAAGCUGGUGAAAGUCAGGUCAAAGCUUGUAGACAGUGAUGGGACUGACAUGGUGUAAGGAGAACACAACACCAGACAUUUGUGUUCGAUCUCUAUAAAAGUUUAGCCUAUUUAUUGGUUGUGUUGAAAAAUGUUGUGAAUAUAUCAAAAGGAAAUAACAUUUGUGACAUUGGUGUACAAUGUUUUGAGACUGUAAAAAGCAGGGAACUUCUAUGGUAGUCACAGUGUACACAUACAGUACUGUGUGAGUACAAUUUUGACAAUGUUAAUACACAUAUAUACAUACACACACAAAGUAUGUGGACCCCCUCAAAUUAGUAGAUUCAGCUAUUUCAGACAUAGGUGUAUAAAGUCGAGCACACCGCCAUGCAAUCUCCAUAGACAAACAGCAAGAGAAUGGCCUUACUGAAGAGCUCAGUGACUUUCAACGUGAUGCCACCUUACCAACAAGUCAGUUCAUCAUAUUUCUGCCCUGCUACAGCUGCCCCGGUCAUUUGUAAGUACUGUUAUUGUGAAGUGGCAACAACUGCUCAGCCGCAAAGUUUUAGGCCACACAAGCUCACAGAAUGGGACCACCGAGUGUUGAAGUGCGUAAAAAGAAUCUGUCCUCGGGUUGCAACACUCACUACCUAGUUCCAAACUGCCUCUGGAAGCAACGUCAGCACAAAAACUGUUCGUCGGGAGCUUCAUGCUCUCCAUAGCCGUGCAGCCACACAAGCCUAAGAUCACAAUGCCAGGCGUCGGCUGGAGUGGUGUAAAGCUCGCUGUUGGACUCUGGAGCAGUGGAAACGCGUUCUCUGGAGUGAUGAACCACGCUUCACCAUCUGGCAGUCCGACAAACGAAUCUGGGUUUGGCAGAUGCCAGGAGAAUGCUAACUGCCCCAAUGCAUAGUACCAACUGUAAAGUUGUUUCAGCAUGACAAUGGCACCAAGCACAAAGUGAGGUCCAUACAGAAAUGUUUUGUUGAGAUCGCAGUGGAAGAACUUGACUGACUUGCACAGAGCCCUGACCUCAACCCCAUUGAACAACUUUGGGAUGUUUUGGAACGCCAACUGUGAGCCAGGCCUAAUCGCCCAACAUCAGUGCCCGACCUCACUAAUGCUCUUGUGGCUGAAUGGAAGCAAGUCCCCACAGCAAUGUCCCAACAUCAAUGGAAAGCAUUCCCUGAAGAGUGGAGGCUAUUAUAGCAGCAAAGGGGGGACCAACUCCAUAUUAAUGCCCAUGAUUUCGGAAUGAGAUGUUUGACGAGCAGGUGUCCACAUACUUUUGUUCAUGUGUUUAGGAGUUGGAGGGAAGCCCAACAGUCGUUUGUUUGUAUGUAUGUAUGAAUGAAUGAAGACAGUGUGCAUUGGAUCUGGAUGACUCAUAAACGUCAGGUUAGGGGGAAAACAAAUAUGUAUUUUACAUGUGAGGUAUUGUGCAAUGAUUAUGAAAGGGUUGAGGCCAUAUCUAAAUCCACUCAAACCAGAUUGUCAUUGAUGGGCCGAAGUAAAGCACAAACGUGAGUAUCUCCAUUUUUAAAGUUGUUUGUGUGAUUGGUUUUAGUAGAUGCAUAUAUCUGGACUAUGAACUUACAUGUGACAUUUGUGUGCUAGAUAAUUAUUGAACUGAAGCACUGCCAUCCCUUUGCAAAGCCUGUAUGAUCUUAAAUUAAUAAAUAAUUAAACCAAAUGAA